UCAAUUUGCAGAACCCCAUGUGUGGAGCGGAGGAUGAUUAAGACGUGGGCUCUUUUGGUACAGAAUAGACGCUGCGCGAUAUGCCACUGACUUGUUUCAAACCCUUUUCGCGAAAGCGUGUUGUAUUUAGAUUUUCUGUAUUUUCCCUCCACUGAUGAACAAUGGAGAAACAUUCGGCAGAAAAUUCUGGCGAUAUUAUGGUGAAAUUCCUAGCGCUCGCACCUUACUGGCCUCUCAUCCAAUUUCUGGUUCCUCUGGCAAUCACCAAUAUAGCCAUGGAUCUUGGGGAACAGGCUUUGAACAGAGGCAUCGCAGCAGUUAAAGGAGAUUCGGUGGAAAUGCUGGCUAGCUAUGGGCUAGCCUACUCCCUGAUGAAAUUCUUCACGGGGCCCCUGAGCGAUUUCAAGAAUGUAGGCCUGGUAUUUGUGAACAGCAAGAAGGACCGUGCCAAGGCUGUCCUGUGCAUGGCGACAGCAGGAACUGUGGCCAUUAUCUUUCACACACUCAUAGCUUAUACAGAUUUGGGAUACUACAUCAUCAACAAGCUUCAUGGUGUGGAUGAGUCUGUGGGUAGUAAGACCAGGAAGGCGUUCCUUUAUUUGGCAGUUUUUCCUUUACUGGAUGCACUGGCUUGGACACAUGCUGGUAUCCUCCUGAAGCACAAACAUAGUUUCCUGGUGGGCUGUGCUUCCAUUUCUGAUGUCAUUGUUCAGAUUGUGUUUGUGGCCAUCUUGCUCAACAGUAACUUGCAGUGUUAUGAGCCAAUGCUGAUACCCAUAUUGUCCUUGUACAUGGGUGUUCUCGUGCGCUUCACCAUUGUGAGCUUGGGCUACUACCAUAAAAUCCAUGAAAUCAUCCCAGACUCCUGUGGGCCUGACCUUGGGGGGGAUGUCACCAUCAAGAAAAUGCUAAGCUUCUGGUGGCCCCUGGCCCUCAUCCUGGCCACCCAGCGCAUCAGCAGGCCCAUCGUUAACCUGUUUGUUUCCCGGGACCUGCAGGGGAGUGUUGCAGCCACUGAGGCAGUAGCAGUGCUUACAGCAACCUACCCUGUGGGUCACAUGCCCUAUGGUUGGCUAACAGAGCUGCGAGUAAUCUACUCUGCCUUCGAUAAGAAAAACCCCGGAAACACGUUGACCAACAGUGGCAGCAUGGUAACCCAAUCGCACAUCAAGAAGUUCACCUUUAUGUGUCUAGCACUGUCUCUCACAUGCUGUGCUGUGCUGUUCUGGACCCCGCACGUCUCGGAGAAGAUCAUGGUGAACAUUAUUGGGGUGGACCAGGACUUUGCCCAGCUGUGCAUCGCCCCACUGCGCGUAUUUUCCUUCUUCGCUCUUCCUGUGACCAUACGGGCUCACCUAACAGGCUGGCUGAUGAUCCUGAAGAAGACCUUUUUCUUGGCUCCCAGCUCUGUCCUGCGUAUCGCCGUCCUCAUCACCAGUCUUAUCGUGCUACCUUACAUGGGGGUGCAUGGUGGCACACUGGGAGUGGGAUCUCUUUUGGCUGGUUUCUUGGGGGAGGCCACCAUGGUUGCAAUAGCCGCGUGUUACGUCAAACAGAAACAGAAGAAAAAGAAAGCAAAAGAUGGCGCUACUGCAGCAGAAGGUGAAGAGUCCUCCCCUAUUGACGAAGUAGAGCCCAGGGAUGAAGAGGAUGACAUUGAAGAACUGAGAGAAGAAUGCUAGGCUGAGGCAUAAACAGGACUUUUCCAACAGCGGGAAGAAGAUAUGGAGGAAGGGGUAGGCUUAUCUCACUUGCUGGAAUCUUCCUCAACUGCUGAAAAACAGCACUCUACCGUGGAAGACUGUUCCGCCAGAACCUGUAAGAUCGGCACUCUGUGGUUUGUGGCACACCCUCCACAAGUGCUCCAGUAUGUGCAAAGAUGAACCCAGAGGUGGCCAUUUUUUGCGUGCCCAUGGUGGCCAUUUUAGCUCAUUGUGUGCACGAAACGCACACUCUUUUACUAAUUUGUUACAUAUUAUUUUUAUCAUUUAGAAAGAAAUGUGCGCGCACACACACACACACAAUAUAUAUACAUACUGUAUAUAUAGCUGGUAAAUGCCAGGUUUUCACUGGUAAAAUGGUCAGAAUCUGUUUCUGCUGAUAAAACAAGGCAAAGCCCUUACAGAAAUGCUGGGGAAAACGAAUAGCCUAAUGUCUACCAGAGCCUAAAAUCUGUGACAAUUGGAGACAUUCAGAUAUUUCAAGUCACUUCUAUGCCAUGAACCAUCUCUUCAGUUAAAUCAGUUUGUGGUUGGUUAGCCCUAUUAUUAUUUUUGGCUACUAAAAAAAAGUAAGAUUAAUUAAUAAAAAUAUAUAUAUUUUUCAAAACUUGAUGAACAUGAAUAUGCGUAAAGAUGAUCUUGAUAUGAUCAGCAAAUUGUGCCUUGUUAAAUGAAUAAAGCCAAUGAAUGCAUAGUCUACUAUCCAUACAGGCCUAUUUGCGAUGAUGAAUAGCAUAAAUUGCACUCCUCAGUUGCAAGGUUGCAAUGUCUAUUAAUUGUGCACACUUUAAAUGCAAAUUGCCUUUACCAAUACAUCCUGUUCUGCAAAGUAUAUGUAAAGUAUAUUUGUAUAUCUCAUCUAAUGGUAAAUGGUUGGCAUUUAUAUAGCGCCUUUAUCCAAAGCACUGUACAAUUGAUGCUUCUCAUUCACCCAUUCAUACUCACACUCACACACUGAUGGCGAUUGGCUGCCAUGCAAGGUGCCGACCAGCUCGUCAGGAGCAUUUGGGGGUUAGGUGUCUUGCGCAGGGACACUUCAACACAGCCCGGCCGGGGGAUCGAACCGGCAACCCUCCGACUGCCAGACAACUGCUCUUACUGCCUGAGCCAUGUCGCCCCAUCUUUAUGAUCAUUUUUGUUUUCAAAUAGUUCUCAAAAAUAUGACAUGGUGCUGUCAAGUAUCACCAAACGCCCCUGCCUGCCAUGCAAUAAUGAAUCAUAGUCAUGACACAUUCUCCUGCAAAAAAUAUUGAAUACAUAAAUAAAUUAAUUGAAUCCUACUGCAAACUCUGAAAAAAUCUUAAUCAAACAUAAUUAUAUAUAUAUAAUACAUACUUUUGUGUAGACAUUUUCCACUUUUCAUUGGUAAGCACUAAUGCAGGACACUUGACAUGGCAGGAUGAACCAAAGCAAAGUUGGACAUAACACAUUUUUUUGGUCUCCUAAACUUUUUUUGUGUUGCUAGUGCCACCUUCAAGGAGGAUGAAAAGGUACUUUUUAGACUGCUUUGAAAACGUGACUUAAUAGGAAUGUACAAUAAACGCACAAGACCAAAGGACGUCAAUGUGUAAGCUCAUGUGAUUGUUAUUUGCCAAGAUAUGUUAAUAACCAGUUGCUGCUUUGGAAUUUAUCACUGAUAUAGCAGUAAGUGGUUUCUGAGGGUUCCUAUAUAUAUCAUUUAUAGUUAUAUUGAUUAUCAAAAACGGGUGGUGGCAUUCUGAUGUAUGAUUGUGGUUUAAUCAUAAUGGUGUUGUUCUUCAAACAAUUGGUUUUGAAUAGGUGACCGAUAUGUAAACUAAAUGCCAGAGGCGUCAGAACUGUAGACUAUCAGUUUACUAUUCAAUGCGUCGGUCACAAGUUUUUCCUUGUCCUGGGCAUUGCUCUUUUUAAACUCAGGAUAUAUUUGUUUAUGCAUUCAGCUACAUCUAUUUCUUGCACACACUCCUUUAAAAAUGCUCAAUUUACAGAAAUGCAGUUGUACAUAUUUUCAAGGUUGUUUCUUUUUUAAAGGUUGCAGUGGACAACCACACAUUGACAAAUCCAAGCAUCCAUUUUGUGUUUUAAUGACUGUUUAAAUCCCACACCAGAAGAAAGUGGCUUCUGACAUUGCUAUCUAUGAAAAAGUACUGAAAAGUAUUAUUAAAGGUUGGUUGAGAUGGA